AUGAAAAUUGGGAUGUCAGAGCACUCUUUUGACCACCUUUGGGAAACAGUUACAACAGCUGCUAUGCAGAAAUAUCCAAAUCCUAUGAAUCCGAGUGUAGUUGGAGUUGAUGUAUUAGUCAGACAUCCAGAUCCCACCGGAAAAUUGCAUAGCCGUAGACUUCUUAGCACAGAGUGGGGAAUGCCUUCUAUUGUAAAAUCGCUUAUCAGCGUAGCAAGAAUUAAACCGUAUGUACAGGAACAUUCUGUAGUUGAUCCUGUAGAGAAAACAAUGGACUUUAAAUCCACUAAUAUUUCAUUUACAAAUUUGGUUUCAGUAGAUGAGAGACAUAUAUAUAAACCACAUCCUCAAGGACCAGGAAAGACCAUUUUGACUCAAGAAGCCAUUAUCACUGUGAAAGGAGUAAGCCUUAGUAGUUAUCCAGAAGGACUGAUGGAAGGUACAAUAUUAUCUAAUGCUAAUAAAGGCUGUGAAGCAAUGGAGUGGGUAAUUAACAAAUGAAAUGCUGAGA